AUGGCUACACCAAAGGGUAAAACAUCAAGUGAUCAACAAGAAAUUGAUCUCAAUCUCUCACUCGGUGGCUCUUAUAAUUAUGAAAAUCCUAAAGAAAUUUCAAUGCCUCAGCCUUUUUCACAAAUUAUAGCAUCAGUUGCCAACAAUCCUGCCUUUCAGCGGGCUAUUAAGAUUAUAAGAUCUGACAUGGAUAACAACUCAAAAGAUAUGCCUGAAAUUUAUGAGAAGAGAAAAGCAACUACGCCAACUUUUGUUCCAGCCCUCUCAACCAUGACGAAAAAAAAUGGAGAAUGUGCUAUCAAAUCCAACACAGAAAAGGGUAAGUCAAUUGUAUUAUCAGAAAGCAAUGGUAAAGAGCCGUUAAAGAAAGUUAAGAAUCCCCAUAAUUUUCUCACUUUGAUGGAUAAUAGUGACCUACUAAGGAGUGUCGUCCUGGUAGGGAUUCUGAUUGACCCCUCUGGUAGGAUUCGAGAUUUAGCUGAUACCUACGCUCAGGAGAUGGCACAUCAAAAGAGAGGUAUAGAUCCAGGGGAACGUAGGAUUCAUUCUUCACCAAGUCAGAGAGAUAGAUUUCCCUUAGAGGCACACUGCGAGUCUCCAGUACCUCUAGUACCAGCUUCCUCAAUGCUUAUUGAAGCCUAA